AAUGAAUCAAUGAAUUUGUUUUGUUUCGAUCGUGGUUCCUUCAAUAUAAUAAGGAAGUGAGAAAAAUUGACAGAUUGGUCAGUUUUAUUCUAGCCUCGAGAAUAAUUAGAGCAACUUAAAAGUUUACCGUAUAACGCUUUGCUCAAAAAUUACUAUCUAUAAUAUCGUUUAAAAUAUAAGUAAUCAAGUGAAUCACGAUGGAAUUAGCCAAUGAGCAAUUUAAAGACUUGUAUGGUGAAUACGAUUUAGAUUUGACCGUGACAUUUGACGAUUGCGAAGGGCCAAAAUGGACCAACGACAAGAAGCUCAUUUGUCCAAGAAUCGGUCUGCUUAUUGCGAUGCACUUGCAUAAAACAACAAACACAGGAUGGGACGAUUUGAGCGAGUUUCUUGGAUGGCAGAUAAGUGAGCAACUUCGAACGAUGCCAUUGUCUUCGGGAUAUCCUCACACGAUUAUAUUUCACCAGUUCAUCGUUGCACGUAGUAAAACGGUUUCAUUAUUGCGGGCCGACAGCAAUAUUAUAAAGUCAGAUGUCAAAUUUGCGACGUGCGAUAACGUUUACAAAAUAUCCUAUAAAGCCAAAUUUCAAUUCACGUAUUCGGAAACUCGUGUAUUAAAACCCGGCACAUCAGUACCCUAUCCUGUGCAUUAUUCGUAUAAUCAGAGUCCUGAAUGGCAUUCAACAGUUAGUAAAAUUUUUGAAGAAAGUGACGCCUUUAUGAUGCCAUAUGAAGGAGAUAUUGGAAAUGAUUUGUUGAAUAAGCUGUGUACUACAAUUUCCCACCAUAUAAGCAGUGCCAUUGAGGAUAUGCCACGCGAGAAAGAUAAGGAUUAGACUGUUGUAUGUAAUUGUUUUCUUCAAAAUUUUAACCUGUAUUAGUAAAUGUAUUCAUUUUAUCCCGAUUCAAAUAAACUUUACGGAUAAUUAUUAUUAAUGAUAA